CAACAUUCUCUCACAGCUUUUAUUGUUCUUCAUAUAUUUAGAGCCAAAACCACCUGAUUCAAUUCAUUUUCGUCUCUGCCUCCUCAUUUCUCAUUUCACUCUAUAGACAAGUGUAGCAGCACAACUCAUCAGCUUUGCUCAUCAUCAUGCCCGAUAAUACAAACAGUAGUGCGUUAGCGGAAGCAGAGGCUCCGUUGUUGGCGGCGUACUCAGCUUCAGACGACGUCGGUUUAAAACACGAACGUCACAAUGUUGAGCUCAUUGAUGAAGAUGACGAUCAACGUCUUGGAAGGAGAGUCUGGAUUGAAUCAAAGAAGCUUUGGCACAUAGUCGGUCCGGCUAUCUUUAGCCGUGUCGCCUCCUAUUCCAUGGUGGUCAUCACCCAAGCUUUCGCCGGCCACCUCGGCGAACUAGAGCUCGCCGCAAUCUCCAUCGCCAACAAUGUCAUCGUCGGUUUCGAUUUAGGCCUCUUGUUAGGAAUGGCGAGUGCUUUGGAAACACUAUGUGGGCAAGCUUAUGGUGCCAAGAAGUACUAUAUGCUUGGAGUGUACAUGCAACGCUCACGGAUAGUUCUCUUCUUGUGUUGUAUUCUCCUCCUGCCGCUCUACCUCUUCGCCUCGCCGUUCCUAAAGGUUUUAGGUCAGCCAACAGACGUGGCCGAGCUCUGUGGGCUUGUGUCCAUGACCAUGAUACCGAUUCACUUCAGCUUCAGCUUUCAGUUCCCGCUGCAGAGGUUCCUACAGAGCCAGUUGAAGACUGGUGUGAUUGCUUGGGUGUCUCUGGUGGCUCUUAUUUUCCAUAUCUUUGUGAGUUGGUUCUUUGUGUACAGGCUUGAGCUUGGAGUGAUCGGAACCGCCGUUACCUUGAGCCUUUCGUGGUGGGUGUUAACUUUUGGGCUUUUCUUUUACACUAUAUGCGGUGGCUGUCCUUUAACUUGGAGUGGAUUCUCCAUUGAAGCGUUUUCUGGUCUUUGGGAGUUCAUCAAACUCUCUGCUGCUUCUGGAGUUAUGCUCUGCCUGGAGAAUUGGUAUUAUAGAAUACUAAUACUGAUGACAGGAAAUCUGCAAAAUGCAAAGAUUGCUGUGGAUGCUUUGUCUAUAUGCAUGACCAUAAACGGCUGGGAGAUGAUGAUUCCUCUGGCUUUCUUCGCUGCAACUGGAGUGAGGGUUGCGAAUGAGCUUGGAGCUGGGAAUGGGAAGGCAGCCAAGUUUGCAACUAAAGUAGCAGUUGUGACCUCUGUUAUAAUUGGCCUCUUCUUCUGGGUUUUGAUUAUGAUAUUCCACACUGAGAUCGGCUAUAUAUUUACCAACAGUAUACCUGUCAGGUCACUGGGAACAAAGACAUGA